AUGGACAGCGGCGUGGAUGGCCACUUCCUCGGCGCCGGGUGGGCUGGACAGCGCAGGGCCAUGGCCGAGGCAGCAGCGGCUCCGAUUUCUCCCUGGACCAUGGCGGCCACCAUCCAGGCCAUGGAGCGCAAGAUCGAGUCGCAGGCGGCCUGCUUGCUGUCCCUGGAGGGCCGCACCGGGAUGGCCGAGAAGAAGCUGGCCGACUGUGAGAAGACGGCGGCCGAGUUCGGCCAGCAGCUGGAGGGCAAGUGUGCCGUGCUGGGCACGUUGCUGCAGGAGUACGGGCUGCUGCAGCGGCGCCUGGAGAAUAUGGAGAACCUGCUGCGGAACCGCAACUUCUGGAUCCUGCGGCUGCCACCCGGCAGCAAGGGCGAGACCCCCAAGGAGUGGGGCAAGCUGGAUGCUUGGCAGAAGGAGCUGUACAAGCACGUGAUGCGAGGCAACUACGAGACGCUGGUGUCACUGGACUACGCCAUCUCCAAGCCCGAGGUGCUCUCCCAGAUCGAGCAAGGCAAGGAGCCGUGUAGCUGGUGCCGCGGGGCCCCCAAGGUCCCAGACGUGCCCGUGGACCCAAGUCCAGGCGCUGGGCCCCCUGUGCCCAUAGGGGCAGCAUGGACAAAAUUAGAACAGGAAAUUGUCAAGACUUUAGAUUUUAAGGAUGCCUUCUGGUAG